AUGUCUGACACACCCUUGAGCCAUGUGGUAUUUGUUUCUGCACCUUCAUGGGGUCACCUGCGUCCAUCUCUGAAGACUUCACUUCGGAUGGUUGAGAAAUUUGACAGCAUUUUCAUAUCUUUCUUUGUGUACGACCUCGAAGUACCCAAAGCUAGGAAGUACCUCGCCGCUCAACCUUCGAAGUACUCGAGCCGAAUCGGGAUCAUCAAUGCUUCCGGAGAUGAAGUUCAGCCCGCGCUAUCCCCUGCCAAUCCUGUCGCAAUCAUCGAGUACUUGGAACAAGCAUUCAGCUCAUGGAUCGCCAAAGAGCUUCAAGAAACCGGUACAACCCAAAUCGAAGGUCGAACUGUCGCGAAGCCGAGUUGGAUUAUCGAGGACCUGUUUAAUGGAGGCGUGUCUUUGGCAUGCAAAGACGUACAUAACCUUCCGGUUGUGACAUGGUGGUCGACCACGGCGGCAUCCUUGAUCAGCCAACAAGGAAACAAGGAGAAUGGUCACGGAGGCAGGAUCUAUGAACAUCUGGUCCAGCAAAAAGGCACCCCACCGGCCGAACUGAGCAAAAUCUACCUUGAGAGCUUCUCAGAUCGACUGGUCUGUAUACCAGGGCUUCCGGUCCACCAUGAGUGGGAACUCGUUACUCAAUACCUUCCGUUCGCUCCUCCGCUUGUGUCAAGUUUGGCCGCAAGGCGAGAGAAUAUGCUCAAGUACAUUGAUGCGAUGAUUUGCUGUACUACACUCGAGAUGGAGCCUAUAUCUGCCGGUGCUCUUUCGAACGCGCUCAGCCAGCCCCUGUCACCAUUUUUCAUCGGGCCCGCCGUCGAUCUUCCUUCGCCACAGCAGCCCGAUCCUGAUUCGCCUGUAACUCAGUUCUUAGACCGCACAUACGCCGAAAAGGGAUCUCAUUCAGUUGUUUAUGUUGCAUUCGGAACUGUUUUCUUCCCUCCUCCAAGCUCAACCUCUCACCUCAUGGCUGCUCUGGACGAAAUACCCAAGGCCGGGCUGAGGUUCAUUUUUGCGCUUUCGUCUCGGGGUGCGCAAGUCGACCAAUCGUGGAUUGAUGCGCAUAUUCGGGCCGGAAACGCGAUCUUUCCAGAAUGGACGAAUCAAACUCAAGUGCUCGAACAUCCUGCGAUUCACUACUUUAUAUCCCACGGAGGAUGGAGUUCGUCUACCGAGGCUCUUGUACGAGGUGUUCCGAUGAUAUUUUGGCCGUUUGUCUCCGAUCAACCUGCCAAUGCUUCCCAAAUUGCUAGCGUGCACAACUGCGGAUUCGAACUGCUGCAAGUUCGCACCGGCCCCGCCAAGUCUGCAGCUUAUCGAAACGGCGCCGAGGUCAAGAUUGUGGGAUCUGAUGAUGCCGUCCGCGAAGAGAUGAGGGGCAUACUUGAGCUGACUAAAGGUCCGAGAGGAGAGCAUCAGCGGGCGAACACCAGGUUACUGGGGAAGGCUAUUGCAAACUCACUCGCUCCUGGUGGGAGUGCAGACAUCGAAUUGGAGAAAUUUGGUAAAAUGAUGGGUCUUUUGUAG